CUCUUUCCAAGAAUGAUGUUUGGGAUGAUACAAGAAGCAAAAUCAUGGGACGAGUUUGAGGCAUUGAUGAGGGGAGGCGGAUCAUUUGCUCUUGUCCUAUGUACAAGUACAAGUAUUGAAGCCAAUAAAAAAGCUCUAGAUAGUUACUGUGUGGAGUUCAAACAAUUUAAGUGCUACUAUGGGGUGGAGAAUGAAUCACCUGAACAUGAAACUUCGUUCGACAAACAUUUUAAAAACAAAUUCCGUUCUUCAAUGGCAUUCUUCAAGGAUGGUGUACAGAUAUGCCUUCUUCAACCUAGUUCAGCCGGCCACGGCUUGUCAACGGAAGAGAUUCGAGCUGGAUUCAACAAGGCAAAGUGAACUAACAGAAUAGACGUAUAUCAUCAAUAGGUCUAUCUUGUUAAUUAUAGCAAUGAUAUGUUUACUGUUCACUAUUGAAUAAGUUGGCCAUAAUGUUAUAGGCUGCAAUACACUGGUUACUCUGAAUAUAUUUCCAUUGUAUUGUUAUUAAAAUUGUGUUUUGUGCGUGAGA